AUGGCUCCCAAAAAUAAAGGCAAAGGCAAGGCCAAGGAGGACGAGGGCUCGUCCGGUUCAGCUGGGAAACUGAAAGCAGCUCAAUCCAUCAAUGUUAGGCACAUCCUGUGCGAAAAGCACUCUAAGAAAGAAGAAGCACUCGCGAAACUUCGUGAAGGUGUCAAGUUCGAUGACGUGGCACGAGAAUUCUCAGAGGACAAGGCUAGGCAAGGCGGCUCUCUAGGCUGGAAAACACGAGGAAGUCUACAUGGGGACUUUGAAAAGGUGGCCUACGAAUUAGAACCAAGUACAACAGCCAAUCCCAAAUAUGUCGAAGUCAAAACUAGUCACGGAUACCAUAUCAUCAUGGUGGAAGGAAGGAAGUGA